CUUGAUUUGCUAUCAAUUUGAAUCUCUCGAACAGAAUAAAAAAAAAGCAAAAACAGAGAUUCAGUUGCUUCUUGUCUCUCUUCGCUUGCGGUCGUCUUGUCAUUAAUAAUAAAAUCAACACAUUAUUGUGACAUUAAAUCUCUCACACACUUCAUUACAAUUUUAUUGAUAAAAAAUUUCAAUUACCUCAUUCGCAUAACGGGGAUCGUCGGUCGUUCACGUAAUAAAUAAGUUAAAUAAGUGCAGAACAAAUCUAAAUACGGAAAGAUGUACGCGAAACCAGUUGGCAUUGAUAGUGAAAAAUACCGGGUUGUUGAUCUCCGAUCAGACACGUUGACUGUUCCAACGCCCGAAAUGCGACAAGCAAUGUUCACAGCGGAAGUCGGCGACGAUGUUUAUGGCGAAGAUCCAACUGUGAAUGAGUUGGAGCGAAAAGCUGCCGAAAUUUUUGGGAAAGAAGCUGGAUUGUUUGUGCCGAGUGGUACAAUGGCGAAUUUGCUCGCAAUUAUGGUUCAUUGCAAUAAGCGGGGAAGUGAAGCAAUUACGGGACAUAUGAAUCACACGUUUUUGUACGAGCAAGGAGGAGCUGCGCAAUUAGCUGGCGUGUCACUGAAUCUAAUUCAGAACAAACCAGAUGGGACUUUUUGCUUGAAUGAGGUUCGUCGUAAGAUUAGAGGCUUUGAUUGUCAUGAACCGAAAACGCAACUCGUUUUAAUUGAAAAUACGCACAACAUUUGCGGAGGAAAGGUCUUGCCAUUGAAAUGGAUCGAAGAAUUGAGCGGAAUUUGUAAGGAAAAUGGCUUGAAAUUGCAUAUGGAUGGCGCUCGAGUAUUCAAUGCGGCAACUUAUUUAAAAGUUCCCGUAUCAACUGUCGUAAAAGAUGUCGAUUCUGUUUGUUUCUGUUUGAGUAAAAACUUGUCAUGCCCAAUUGGAUCCAUUCUUUUAGGAACAAAAGAGUUCAUAAAGGAUGCCCAUCGUUUACGCAAAGCCCUCGGCGGAGGCAUGCGCCAAGUUGGAAUCGUAGCAGCUGCUGGUUUAGUUGCUUUUGAAAAGGUCGUUCCUCGUUUAAAUCAAGAUCACGAACAUGCCAUGAAGAUCGCAAAAGCCAUUUUUGAUCUCAAAAGCCCAAAUUUCACUGUCGACAUCGCAACGGUACAAACUAACAUUUUCAUGAUCGAACUAAAAAACGAUAAAAUCAAGUCGGAUCAAGUCACGGAGCGAUUCAAAACCGUGACAGAGCAAGAAAUCAAAGACGGAAUUGUAGAUGAGAACGGAAAAGGGAUCGUCGUAAAGUCAGGAUCACGUGAUUGGAGUUUCGUACGUCUUGUGUUGUACUUGCAAAUUGACGAUGUCUUGACGGAUUUAGCAAUUAAGAAGAUUUUGUACGUUUUUAAGGAAUUUGAUCGCAAAUUCGCUUAAAAAUUAAGUUUUUUUUUGCUUGGAACAAUAAACAUACCGACAAUUUCCUCAGUUGUUUGGGAACAAAUUGUAGAAA